UCCCAAAGCAGCACUAUAAAUAUUAAAUUCCAUUCUCGUUUUUGACUUUCUCGUGUUGUUUUCCCUCUCCGAGUUUUAGGUCACAUGUCCAAUCCUUCUCUCUCUCGUCUUUGCUUCAUUUACACUUGAGAACUAUCUCCAAAAAGCUGCAAUUUUUGCCUAAAAUAGUUGAUUUUUUACUCCAUUAAUGCCCUUACAAGCUUCUUAUCUCCCCUAUUUUUCGAUCUUUGAGGUCAGUAUCUUCACUGCCUGUAUAAUAUUUAACUGUAUGGUUAAAGUUCGCUUGUUUCCCAUUCUAGGGUUGGCUUUUGAAGGAAUUUUGGCGAUUGAUUGAUCCGAUUGUGAGAUUGAGGGAUCUUGAUGGGUUUGGACUAUGGUAAUGAUAAAUUUUGGGUUUGUACUUGAUCUUUUGGCGAUUCUCCAUGCUGCCUCUGUGAUUUCUUUCCAAAACCAGCUGAAGAUUGGUCAAGAUAUGAGCUAGGUUUUGAUGAAGUUGAAGAUUAGUGGACGAGGGUUUGUAGUGGAGAGGUUUGGAUGGUUUCUGACCGGUUCUUGGAGAAAUUGAAGUUUAUUGUAAGUCUAGGGUUGUGAAUUUCUCAAUCUACCGGUCAGUAUUGGCUCUAAAGUUGAAAAAAUCUUGCGUCUUACUCUGUAUUCUCUUUUUAAUGGUGCCUUGUUUCUUGUUUAUAUUGCAAAUCCUCUGAAAGUUCACUGUUUUCUUGGUUUUUAUCUGGGAUGUGGUUUUGGGAUGCAAAAAGAGGGCUAAGAAUCUUGUUCUUUGCGUGAGAUACAAUUCUUGGCACUGAAAUAUUCAGGUUUUUUCUCUUAGAAUUUUGGUUUUGAUUAAGGUUUGUCUUGGGGAUCUUGGUUUUAUUAGAUGACCCAAGUAGUUGUCAAAAUGUAUAAAACUAAACAUAAUGAGGCGGAACAUUGGGAAUGCCCAAUCUUUUACAUGUGGAUUUGACAAGAAGAGUUUCUAGCAGGAUUCAAGAGUUUGAGUUAUUGGGUCUCUGAAUUAUAGAAAUCAUUAUCAAUAGAUAUUCAGCAAAAGUGAAGCUCAGCUAUCAUUUGCCCUUCUCUCUAUAAGGUUUAAAGAGGAGGGUUUUAUCGGGGUUUAAAUUGUGCUAAGUUAUAAGUUUUUACAUUCAAACAAUUUAAGACAGCUAUUAGAUAUCCAGAAGGGCUUUAGAGAAGAGGUUUUUGCUAGUUGGUAAAGGGCAACAGCUUCAUUAAGGUCAAUUUGAAGUUGGCUUUUUUUCACUGCAUGAUUGUUUCACUGUACGAUUGUAACAGGCUUUUGGUUUGAAGUUGAUAUCAUCUAAGAGAUUGUGUUCAAAGCUUCUGCUUACUAAAUGGAUCCUUUAUGGAAACUGAGCUAUCUCCUUGAACCAGCAUCUCUUGCUCUCAUUUUCACUGCUGUAGCAGUCGCCUUUGCAUCUGCACAGCGUGCUCUCAGUCAUUCAAAGGAAAUGGAAAGAAACCGUGACUUCUCUGAAGCUUCAAUCACUUUGGAUCAGUCACAGGCUCUUAUGAUCCCUCUCGCUAGUUCUUGCAGCUUGUUGCUUAUGUUUUACCUCUUCUCCUCUGUAUCUCAUCUUGUCACUGCUUUCACAGCAAUUGCCUCAGCCUCUUCCCUCUUCUUCUGCCUCUCCCCAUAUGCUUUUUACUUCAAAACUCAACUUGGGUUAAUGGACCCAUUUGUCUCUAGGUGUUGUUCAAGGUCUAUAACAAGAAUCCAAUGGCUACUUCUGUUACUUUGCUCCGGAAUAGUUAUUGCUUGGCUUGUAUCAGGCCAUUGGCUGCUAAACAACUUAUUGGGUAUUGCUAUAUGUAUCGCUUUCGUGAGUCACGUGAGGCUACCAAACAUUAAGAUAUGCUCCUUGCUCCUUGUGUGCUUGUUUGUCUAUGACAUUUUUUGGGUCUUCUUCUCGGAGAGGUUCUUUGGUGCAAAUGUCAUGGUUUCCGUAGCAACUCAGCAGGCAUCUAAUCCAGUUCAUACUGUUGCAAAUAGUCUGAGUCUUCCAGGAUUGCAAUUGAUAGCUAAGAAGUUGGAGCUGCCUGUAAAACUUGUUUUUCCAAGGAAUUUGAUGGGUGGAAUGGUUUCUGGAAGCAAUACUGUGGAGUUCAUGAUGCUUGGGCUUGGUGACAUGGCAAUUCCAGGAAUGCUUCUUGCCUUAGUGCUCUGUUUUGAUCAUCGUAAGAGUAGGGAUUCACCGUCUUCUAUAGAUUCAGCUGCCAUUAGAGGUCAUCAGUACAUAUGGUAUGCACUUGCAGGAUACGCAAUCGGACUUGUCACUGCUUUAGCUGCCGGGGUUUUAACUCAUGCUCCACAACCUGCUCUUCUUUAUCUGGUCCCAUCAACCUUAGGACCUGUUAUUUUCGUUUCAUGGAUUAGAAAGGAGCUGAACGAGUUAUGGGACGGGCCAAGGCCAACCCCAAAUGACAAAGUGCGAGGGCUAAUGGAGGUCUAAUUCAUUUUCCUUUUUUUCUUGAUGUUGUAUAGCCUAGCCCAUUUAUAUGUAGAAUCGCCUUGUGCGAAAAAAUAUUUAUCAACAAAACGAGUGGAUAGGAUCCAAUAUUGUAAAUGGGUACUAAGCAAUUUCCCUUUCCAUGUUAUAGGAGUACCCUUGCCUCUCUCAUCUUUGAGAUCGAGAUGAUGAAACGACCUUUAGCAUUUCCUCAUAUCACUACUGCAAGCACUGUAAUGAACCUUUGCAAAA